GGGGCCAUCCGCUUGCUGAAAAGUCGCCAGCUUUUCAACGCGUGCCGCUGUUCUAGGAGGUGUGCACCUCCUUUAGAAGCUCAAUUUUGCCUGUCUGGGUGUUUGGAAGCAAGAAGAAAAACUUUUCUAAACUUUGUCUAGCUUCUGCUCCCCCGGCGCGUGGUUCCUUGAUGGUUCGCCCCAGGGCCACGCUAGGGACGCCCUCGCCCCCUCCCCGCCUCCAGUGAGGCGCUCGGAGCCACCGCCCCCUCGUCGGGUGUGGCGGCUGCCGCGGAGACCCGUGGCCUCCUUGGCCUCCUCGGCCCCUGCCCCGCGGCGGCAUGGACUACCUGAUCACGAUCACGGGGAAGAGCGGGCGCCUUCUGCGGGGCACCGCCAACCGCCUCUGGGGGUUCGGGGGCGGCGGCGAAGCCCGGCAGGUGUGCUUCGAGGACUCCCUGAGGGAGCCCGCCCAGGGGGACCCCGGGUGCGGGUCCCCGCCCCCUCGGCCCCCGGCGCCGUCCAACCCCGAGGGACCUGACACUGGCCAAAAGAAGACCCUGGACAAGAAAGAUGGGAGAAGAAUGUCUUUUCAAAAACCUAAAGGGACUAUUGAGUAUACUGUUGAAUCAAGGGAUUCGUUGAAUAGUAUAUCUCUGAAAUUUGAUACAACACCAAAUGAACUUGUUCAAUUAAAUAAGUUAUUCACCCGAGCAGUUGUUACUGGACAGGUUUUAUAUGUUCCUGAUCCUGAGUAUGUCUCCAGUGUCGAGAGCUCUCCAUCCCUAAGCCCCAUAAGUCCCCUGUCACCAACAUCUUCUGAGGCUGAAUUUGAUAAGACCACAAAUCCAGAUGUAGUCCACCUGAAAGAAACAACUCCCUCCUCUAUUUCUACUGGUAUUCGAUCUGCACGAGUUGUGUCUUCAACUUCUGAGGAGGAAGAAGCAUUUACUGAGAAGUUUCUAAAAAUUAAUUGCAAAUAUAUUACCAGAGGCAAGGGCACAGUCAGUGGUGUGCUGCUAGUUACACCAAAUAAUAUAAUGUUUGAUCCACAUAAAACUGACCCUUUGGUUCAAGAGAAUGGCUGUGAGGAGUAUGGGAUCAUGUGUCCAAUGGAAGAGGUGAUGUCAGCUGCAAUGUACAAAGAAAUUUUGGAUAGCAAAAUAAAGGAAUCCUUACCCAUAGAAAUAACAGAUCAGUUAUCAGGAAGGGACUUCUGCCAUUUAAAGAAAAUGACAAGAAGUAACACUGAUGAAAUAGACUCAAGAAUCCGUGAGGCGGGUAACGAUAGUGCCAGCACUGCUCCUAGGAGCACCGAGGAGUCUCUUUCUGAAGAUGUGUUCACAGAAUCAGAACUCUCUCCUGUACGGGAGGAGCUUGUCUCUUCAGAUAAGCUGCGACAAGGUAAAUCGUCUGGUGCAUCAUCAGAGCCUGUGCAGACUGUCAAUCAGAGUGGCGUACAAUGUUCAACAGUCAUGUCCAAGUCUGCUACUACUCCUGAUCAGUUAAAAUCUGAUUCUGGACAUUCUAUAAGUGAAGCUGGAGCUCUUUCACUUAAAACUGAUUUAAAUAACUUUGAAAUGGCCACUAAGGAAGGAGAUCAGCCUACAGAUAAUAUUCAAGAAAUAUCAGGCCCUAAAGAAGAAUGCGUAAAUAUAAAAGGCAAUGCAGACCAGGAUUUUCUCAAUGAGAAUUCACCGCACGUAGAAGAGAAUGAAAAAGAAAGUAUACCUUGUGGGAAAGCAACAGAAUUCAAACAAAAGCAAACUGUCAAAGGAAAACAAGGGAAGGAACAAAAUCAGGACUCAGAGACAGAGGUAGAGGAGCUACGGAAACUCUGGAAAACCCAUACUAUGCAACAAACUAAACAGCAAAGGGAAAAUAUUCAACAGGUGUCACAAAAAGAAAUUAAGCAUAAAAUAGCAGCUGUUGAUAUAGAAGGUUCGGCACUUUUAAAAGAAAAGAGAAGGCAUCAAUUACAUAAAUUCUUAUGUCUCAGAGUUGGAAAACCAAUGAGGAAAACAUUUGUAUCCCACGCAAGUGCAACGAUGCAACAGUAUGCCCAGAGAGAUAAGAAACAUGAAUAUUGGUUUGCUGUGCCACAAGAAAGGACAGACCACUUAUAUGCCUUCUUCAUUCAGUGGAGUCCAGAAAUAUAUGCGGAAGAUGUUGGUGAAUAUACCAGAGAACCUGGAUUUAUAGUUGUAAAAAAGAUUGAAGAAUCUGAAACAAAUGAGGAUUCUACUAGUGAAGCAGCAGCCAGAGAAUGGGAGAUUGCUACAAGGGAAGACAUAAAUUCAAAGCAGGUUGCUCCAGUGAAAGCAGACCUGGAGUCUGAAUCUUUUCGACCCAACCUGAGUGAUCCCAGUGAACUUCUACUGCCAGAUCAAAUCGAAAAGCUUACCAAGCAUCUUCCACCAAGAACAAUUGGCUAUCCAUGGACUCUUAUUUAUGGAACCGGGAAGCAUGGCACAAGCCUGAAGACCCUGUAUCGGACAAUGACAGGUUUAGACACCCCAGUGCUGAUGGUGAUUAAAGACAGUGAUGGGCAGGUUUUUGGUGCACUAGCAUCUGAACCAUUGAAAGUGAGUGAUGGCUUUUAUGGUACUGGAGAGACCUUCGUUUUUACAUUCUGUCCAGAGUUUGAGGUCUUUAAGUGGACAGGAGAUAAUAUGUUUUUUAUCAAAGGAGACAUGGAUUCCCUAGCUUUUGGUGGUGGAGGGGGAGAAUUUGCCCUUUGGCUUGAUGGAGACCUCUACCAUGGAAGAAGCCAUUCUUGUAAAACGUUUGGAAAUCAUACGCUUUCUAAGAAGGAAGAUUUCUUUAUCCAGGACAUUGAAAUCUGGGCUUUUGAGUAAAUAUAGUGCUCUCUGUCUUAGCAGGAUAAUGGCCCAAACCUGACAUGGACAAGCAUUGUUUGGAAAGUUCAAGAAGCAAUACAAUGUAACAUGUUACUUGUGCUUUAAAAUUAGUCCGUAUCCCCAUUUAUUGCUGUUAUAAUUUGAAAUUUAUUUUUUAAAUCACAUUUCUGUCCCAGAGUUAGGGUUCAUUUCAGUUUAGACCAUGGCGUGGGUCCAUGCAGUAUAAAAGCUUGGUUUUGUUAGAAUUUGGGCAGCAUUUUGAUCAUAGUGACCACCUCAUCUAUAGUCCAUGUUAUCUCAGUCUCCUAAAUGGAUGGUGCUCUUCUGUUGAACCUCUCUUGGUUUAUUAUUUUUGACAUCGUAUUGAUUGUUUUACCAGAUCGGUCUAAUUGGGGCAUUGAGGGAACGAACACUAGACACUGCUAGUUCAUGAGGUUGGCCCCGGUGAAUUACGAACAUGCUCAGCGUAGCCAUUCUUAAGGACAAAACACAUGCCAAAAUAAUGCGUACUCAUGGACCACUGAGUUCUAGUUUUCAUUCACGCUACGUUCUCUUUAUUAAUUUUGCAGGUACUCUCAAUUUCAUUUUAAUAAAAAUGAAACAUGAGGACAUUUCUGGUUGGAAUAGACUGCAGUGCACAUGACCUGCAGGUUUGGGCAUAAGCUUUCACCACUGAAUUAACUGAUAAAUAGUUACAAAGUGACAAAGGAGAAUGAGAACUUGAUGAUCCUACUGGGUUUAAUAUCUCAAGCAAGAAAAUAUUCUACUUAUAUAUUUGUAGUGUAGCAGGGCAUUAUACGUACAAAAACUAUGAAACAGAUGCAUAUUUCUUCAACAUUUGUGUCAGGUAUACUGUUUUAUAGUUCUCUUGUUUUAGCCUUAUUGCACACCAACUCCCAAAAUGUAGGUUCCUGUUCAAAAGGACAAGAAACUUGUGAUUUUUUUUGAGUGGUAUAUGUUAUUAGUUACCAUUAGCAUUUGCUGUUAUAAAAGGGCAAUGAUUAUAGUAGACAAUAUUGUAAUUCAGUAGUAGACUUGUUGAAUAUGCAAACUUACUGUCAAGUGACCUCAAGGGAAAAAAACGAUAGAAUAUACUAGUAGUUCUUAUCCUCUUUUGUAGGAAACCAGUAAUAAGCCAUUAUGGCAAUAAUUCAUCAGUUAAUUUCAAAGCUUCAUGUUAUGCAAACAAAAUCCUGCUGUUAUACAUGUGACAGUGACUUUGUGCUGAAAUUUCAGCUAUUCCAGAUAAACAUUGUAUAUUAUCUUGUAAAUUAAUGUUUAAAGGUAGUUUUGUUCUUAUAGAAAGUGUUGAUUGCCAGGUUGCUUAUAGCACUUUAAAUUAUUCUAAAAAUGAAAUUGUAAGCCAAAUAUGUUGGCUCAAGUAGUUUUAGUUGUAUAGAACUUAAAUAUAUUUAGAUCUUUUGAAAAUUUAGAUAAUUAUCUCAAGAAAGCAUAAGGCUAAUGGAAAAGAAAAUCUGAUGUUCUAUUUAAUAUGCUAUUGCUGAAUGUGAAUAGAAAUGCAGGGCAUCAUUUUUCUUGUCUAUGUAAAGCUCUCGUUAUAACUUAGUAACAGUAUAUAGAUUAAAUGUUUACAAAUAGGGAAUUGUAAAUAAAUAUAUCGGGUUCCCCCCCUCGCCUUUGGUCUUCCACAGCAGUAUUAUUGUCUUUGUGGAGUUGACUAAUCAUGAAAA